GCGGUACUUAGUUAUCAGCCUCAACUCGUGCUUCGUGGGCCGUAGUAGAGCUUCAAAUCCGCCUCCAGCAUUUGCUGCGUCUGCUUUCUAUUGCUACGAGUUGUAUAUUUAAUGGGGCUGUCUCCCUAUUACUCCGGUUGUUGUUUUUGACCAAAUUGACUCCACUUUCUCUACGUUCCCGAGCUGCUCAUCUAUGACAUGACAACAUAUAGACCUUGUUUAAACACGCUCAUAUACACCGAUCACUAAAAGCAUUGAAUGGAGCUUGACGGUCAGUCGCAAUAAUGCCCAACGAAGAGGUAGACAUCUCUCAGCUAUCUUCGAGCCAGCAAAGUGCCCUGCAAACCUUUAUCGCCGUUACCGGUGCGGAAGAACUCGCUGCUAUCCAGCUUCUUCAACGGUCGGAAUGGAAUACCCAGAUUGCGAUCACUAAAUUUUUCGAUGGUGAAGGCCCAGACCUUAUCUCAGAGGCGCAAGCUGCCUUGAAUAGCCCGCCUGCGCGGCCGCCACGAACCCUUCAGAACCUAAUGAACGGCGAUGACGAUAUCCCUCUCCGAACUCUUUCCACAAGACGCACAGUUGAACUGGCACCGCGAAUAACAACACAACCAGCAGACCAACCUACCUAUCGCCCUCCGUUUUUACUCGCCAUAUUUUUCACGCCUUUCAGCCUGCUUUACAAAUUGCUCUCCAGCUCCUUCGGACUUUUUGGGACGCUCUUCCCGUUCCUACCGCGGCUACUGAAUGGGUUGCAAGGAGCAAGACGAGAUACAGGUGGGCGGAGACCAUUGGGCCCAAAGGACACUGCGCUCCGGUUCAUCCGAGAAUUCGAAGAAGAAUACGGAAGUCACUCCAUUCCAUUUCUCGAAAAUGGAUAUAACAUGGCCUUGGAAAAGGCCCACCAGGAAUUAAAAUACCUAUUUGUUGUCCUACUGUCUUCAGAACAUGACCUUACGAGCAGUUGGGUUCGAGACACCCUCCUUUCCACGGAGGUUGUGAACUUCAUCAACGAUCCAGCCAAUCAGAUCUUGGUUUGGGCCGGUAAUGUCCGAGACUCCGAGGCUUAUCAAGUUGCCAGCAGCCUUGGAUGUACUAAAUUCCCCUUUUUCGGGCUCAUAGUGCACGACCCGAGUGUGUCUCCAUCCGCGAUGUCUGUAAUAGCAAAGCUUCCCGGCCCGAGCACCCCGUCUGAAGUUACAGAAAAGCUUCGUUCAGCGAUCGUUCAGAGCAAACCCUCACUCGAUCGUGUGCGCGGUACUAGGGCCGAACAGCAAGCUUCGCGGACGAUCCGACAGGAACAGGAUUCCGCAUACGAACGGUCACUUGCGCAGGACAGAGAGCGCGCCCGACAGCGGCGAGAGGCGGAAGCUGCGCGCCAGCGUGCGGAGCUAGAAGCUCAGGAAAGACAGGCUGCCGCUGAAAAAUUAGCGAGAGAUCUACUGCAGUGGAAACGAUGGCGGGCGCAGUCGAUACCGGAUGAACCUCCCGCGACUGAUAAGCAGGCAGUUCGCCUGAGUAUCCGACUGGCAUCGGGCGACAGAGUGAUUCGACGAUUUUCAGGCUCCGCGAGUAUUGAGGAAUUGUAUGCCUUUGUUGAAUGUUAUGACGUAUUACACACUAAUGGGGAAGAGGGAGAAGCCUCGGCGUCGGGAGAUGUCCAACCUCCUGAGAACUUUGAGCACAAAUACGGCUUCCGCCUUGUUUCGCCGAUGCCUCGUGUAGUGUACGAAAUCGAGGCUAAUGGCUCUAUUGGAGAAAAAAUCGGCAGGGGAGGUAAUCUAUUAGUUGAAACCAUCGAGGAUGAUGAUGAUGAUUAGGAGGAGGAGGAGGACGAUGUUGAUGAUUAUGCCGAAGCAGCUUUCGGGGUGGUCCCGAGCUCCUAAUAGGAGAUUAGAGUAUUAAUGAUUUGAGGUCUGGAUUAAGUAGGGAUUUCUCUUUAUUCUGAUCUUCAAUUCAUUCAGUGUUUCUUUCUUCUGUAAUGGAAUAGGGGGUUGGCUUCCUCCACUUUCUUUUCGUGCUAGUUGUCUCUGCAUAUCAAUUUGCAAGCCGGUACCAUCCCCAUAGUUGUUGUAGCCUCACUCAUUAUCAUAAAUCAUUAUCCAGAUAUCGAUCGAUGCAGCGCUUUUUCCUUGUAACUCGCAGAACCCCGUAAGGGGAUGUACCCCACUACACUCGCCAUUUCGGUGAAAAUUUAACACUUAAAUAAAUCCCUCCGUCGCCUCCUUGAUCGUCUGCUCAAAGCCCGUCCAACCCUUCCCUGAUAUCCUCUUCAACAAGUCCUCCGCCCCUUGGUUCGUAACCUUGCUCAAGUCCCUCCCCAGAUCCGGAAUAUCAUCAAUAAACUCUCUGUCCGGAUACAACUUCCUCAUCACCGCUAGGAUGUUAUUCCAAUUAUACGGUUGCGCAAACGCAAAUAACCGCUCGGCCUGUACAUCCGCAUAUAUCAACGCGGCCACAUGCACCAACGCAUUAUCGCGCACAUUUACAUAAUACUGCGGUUUAUUAGAUACCUCGUCCGCAUACUUGCCCUUGAACCCUUCCCAGACAGCCCUCACCCAGCCAGCUGUCGACGGGAACCCCUGAUGCUGCGGGCUAAGCACCUCGCCAAAGUUCGCAUUGGGCAGCACCGUGUUGAGCACGAAACCCGGCUGGUUCUCCCGCAUCCAUUUCCAGGCCACCUUCUCGCCCUCCGUCUUGCUAGCCGCGUAGACGUUAUGUCGCCUCUGCCACCCUUCGUACGGCGGCGGCGCCCACGCAGCGUGCACGAUCUCAUCAUUCCACGUCCCCUUAUCCAUGGUGAAUUCAACAUCUGGCCGCGGGCUCGCCGCCGCGGUGGAUGAGGAUGUCAGUACGACACGUUUCAUCAACGGUUCCCUCCGCGCGGACUCGAGGGUGUUGACAGUCCCGUUUGUGACCAUGGGGAUGCCUUCGUUGGGGUCAUAGGUGACCAGGACAGGGGUGGCGAUGUGGAUGAGCCCCGAGGCGCCCUUGACGGCAUCAUCGUAGGCGUGCGCGACGGCCAUGUCGGGCACUUCGACAAGCUCGAAUUUGCCGGGCCCAUACUUGGAGGUGAAGUGGUCGUUUAGCCAGAGGCCUCUGGUGAGUUUGCGGACUGUGCCGCGCACGCGGAAGUUGGCUUGGAGGAGCUGGUCGAUGACAUGGCUUGCAAUGUAGCCGUUGGCGCCGGUGACGAGGACGAGAGAACCGCGCGGGAUCGCGAGUUUUUCAGUUGCAGCUGGCAUUCUUCGAGCUGGAUUGGUGGACUUUUUUAAUGCUGCGGAUUUGUGCCAUAGAACGCGGGGACGGAAGGGAAAACUGUUGUCGGACGAUAAGAGAUAACAUUCAUGCGUGGAGUUUUCUUUGACCAGGGCGUUCUGUCAAGUAGAAGUAAGCACUGGCGGCUAGGUCGCGAAGAGCCGUGACAGAAAACAGCCAAACGUCAUCAAGGCCAAGUGCUAAGUUCCAUGUCCCCUGCCGUUUGCGCAUUCUUUACCCCGUAGUUCCAGGGGAAUUUUAACGGCGCGUCAGAUGUGGUCAGGGCGAAAAGGUGCGCAGUCGGACUGGACUGCCUUUUUCCCCAUUUUUAACGUUCACAGACCAGACCAGGUUAUUGUGUGGCAGUCAGGUUCGCCAGAAAUGCUGCAAGGGGCCGGCAUGAAGAGCAAGCAAAAAGCUGUUGCAUGGGAUGAAACAAGUGGGAGGUAGUCAACGGCCAUGUGUUUAUUCUUAAGUUCAAAACUUAGCCUUCUCUCCAGGUUCAUAUAUUUCAUAUAUAUGCCCUAACUGUGUCUGAAGAAAUUCCGUCGACACGACGGGGUGAACGGAAGAUAUCCAUACUGCAAUCUUUCUUCCCUUUUCUUCCUUCUUUUGUACUCUGUACGGAGUAUCUUGUCUUCAAACACAGAACACACAGACACACACACACACACAGUGUCAUUUGGCUGUGAACUGAGUGCAACUUCAUUUCUGGGCAACAUCAGAAGGCCUCCGCACACGGCUAGGGAUGGGACGACGCAAUAUCCACACAAGCACAACUGAGCACUGAGCGCUGAGCUGCAUAAUGAAGUGCACUGGUAAACCCCUUUCAUUUUGUUAGGGCCCCCCUAAUAUUUUAGUGGCCUGCUAACCAUCAUUCCAGGGGGAGGGCACAUCUUCAUAUCUCUCUACUAGCGUACAGCGUACGGAGUACGGAGAACAGUUGGAGACAGCUUUCAGAAUCAAUUAUUAAACAUUAUAUACAAAACUUAUUAUCAUUCUC